AGAUCUCGACGGAGAUAUUCAAAAUACGCCUCAAGAUGUAAAUACGCACCGAUUCCGUUCCAAAACGCGCAAUCGAGUUACGAAACUAUCGUUUUGGUUCAAAAUGUUUUCAACAAAACUUUUUAAUAAAAGGGAGCUUUUAAGAACAUUUUCCACAAGUACGCAAUGCUUCCUCCCGAAAGCCGACCCGCGCCAGGCCGAACUGAUGGCACGCAGCUUGCCGAAGCGGGCCCCAUUGGAGGGGGUGCGCGACAUCGUGGUCGUUUCCUCGGGGAAGGGCGGCGUCGGCAAAACCACUACCGCCGUCAACCUGGCCGUAACGCUGGCCGGCCAGGGCCAAAACGUGGGCCUGCUUGACGGGGACAUCUUCGGCCCGUCGGUUCCGCUGAUGAUGAACGUGGCCGAGGUUCCACUGGUGGACGACCGAAACCGGAUGGUGCCGCCGGUUAAUUAUGGAGUGAAAUGCCUGUCCAUGGGAUUGCUAGUUGAAUCUGGUCCGGUGGUUUGGCGCGGACCGCUGGUAAUGUCCGCCAUUCAACGACUGCUCAAAGGUGCUGUUUGGGGUCCGCUGGACAUCCUGGUGGUGGACACUCCUCCCGGCACGGGUGACGUUCAUCUUUCGCUCAGCCAGCACGUCCCACUUUCUGGAGUUUUACUAGUAAGCACGCCUCAAAAGGCGGCCCUCGAGGUCACCCGGAAGGGUGCGGAAAUGUACCGAACGCUGAACGUGCCACUAAUUGGCCUCGUUGAAAAUAUGAGCCACGUAAUCUGUGAUAACUGCGACCAUAAAAUCGAACUGGCCCGGAAUUCCACCGAGGAAAUGGCCGCGGAGUUGGGCGUGCAAGUGCUCGAGCGGAUCCCAAUUGAGCGAGAGGGAAUGCAUUGUGGCGACGCUGGAACGCCGUUCUGUUUGAAAUUCCCCGAGUCAAAGUUUGCCCAAUCGUACCAAAGCAUAGCCGGGAAGGUGAUACAGUUUUUGGAGAAUAAAAGAGCGCAAAGUUAA